AUGUUGAGAUCACCUGUCGACCUCGUGCUGGCCGCUUGUUUGUCCUGGGCUUUUUGUAGAUAUCUCAAUCAAUUGAUUCUGGAAUUCAAGUUGUUUCGGAAGGCCUUGCUUGGAUAUACUCCCGUCCUGGUCGAAAACAGCGACGACGAUUGUAAUUCCAUGCUUGCGACUAUAUCGUCGAGCAGUAAGAUUCGAUUGCGCGAGUUGAGUGCACGAGCUAGAGGGAGCCUCCAGUUGGACUUUUCACGUUCAUCUCUUCCGUCGAUGGAGAUAUUUUCCUGGACAGACAGCCUAUACUAUACAGGAGCGGACGAUUCGUCAAAGGUACAGGAAUCCAGCGCUCAUAGUGCGAACCAUGUCACUAACGACAUUAUAGGCAUUCCGCUUGUCUUUGGGUGGACCCAAGAUGACGGCGCUACAAAUGCAGGACCCGCACAGCUUAUUCAAGAAGAAAACGACCUGAUACCAGCCAUUCGAGGCUUCGCUCAUGCUUUGAGUCAAGGUGACCUCUCCCACCUUUGGUCGCUUUAUGACGUAACUGGCUUCUCCGAUGGGCUUAACAACUAUGAGGCUACCAAAGACGACAAUGAGCCCACGGUAUUGGUUCACUUCUUACGGCUUUCUAAUUUUUUUUUAGAUCUCCUUUUUACUUGCUUAUCCACCGACUUCGGUUACGAAAUGAAACAGCAAUCACCAUUGGCGAAGAACGCGCAGCAUCCGGGAGUCUAUAUGUACGUGUUAAAUCAGUGCAUGCUCGCACCUCGCUGGAAAGGAGCUGGUAUGCCGUAUCUCAAAAUCUCUCACGGAUCGAAUACGAAGUAUAUCUUCAGUGGUCUCUUUCUAGAGGGGACAAGCUCUGAAAAUGACCAGGACCUGUUAAAAGAGUUUGCAACGGCCUUUAUCAAUUUUGCGAAUGCAAGGAAUCCGAACGGAGCGGUUCAGGUCAUAGGAGGCCCUUAUGGCACAGGACCGGCGUUGUUGCAAGGCUUGAAUGAGCGACUUUCAAGCCGAGAAGAUCUAUCGGCUUCUAGAGAUGUGCUUUCGUGCAAGCAGCACGUGAAGGGAUUCUCGUGGGUCACAGAGAUGCCCAGUAAUGUUGGCAGCGGCGAAAUGCAAUGGGGCAAAGAGCUUGCUUGCAUUCAUGGUUGGAAUAUCGUCCGGACGUUCUGCAUUACUAUUGAGGUGACGGCUGCGCCGCGCUUGAGUGUUGAUGACACAAAAGUUGCAUACGCUACUACAGGAAAAGGGAAGUACGAAGAGGACAAGGCAUUCUUUGUUGCGGUGUCGUCGGAUCUUCUAUCUCUACUGAUUGGAUUAGGCCCUAUUUACAUAGUACAGACUGUAGUCCGAUGGUUGAUCCACGAGCUGAGGGUUCCGCUUACUCGUCUCAUUCUUCUUGGUGGGUCGUAUAACUUUUACCAUCUCUCUACGCAUUCGUUUCCAUUCUCAAGCUGCCAAUUUAGACAUGCACCUCGUUAUGAAGAAUUAGAAAUGACGAAUGCCAAGCAACUAGUUCAUAGGGCGGAUCAACCCGAUCUUUCUUACUCGCGUGCAUUUCCAAGCCUUCUCCGCUCUUUUCCUGCAUCUCUUCACGCCCUCUCUCUUUACUAGGACGACCCACAUGUUCCUGUUAUAAAAGCAAUGCGUUUCACUAAUCUUUUGUAGAAUUAAGAUCCAAUCUUUCGCAUGGCGCCCACGGAGACCUUGACUCUUCCAACCCCGCGCCAUGGUAUGUCCAUGCGCACCUCUCCCUCCCCGAGUCGAUCGAAGAAGUCGUGGCAAUCCCGCGUUCCCUUCUCACCCUCC